AUGGGAACAGAAACUAUAAGCCUCACCGUCGCUUUUGUAAGAAAGAGUACCGCAUCGUUAGCUAUCAUGGAAAGUCCAGGAUCCAAACGACAUAUCUUCUUGACGCGAGAUUUUCCUAAUUGGGUUGCCGAAGCUCUGCCGUGUCCAUUCGUUGGUAGAGAUGAUUUGCCAUGUUCCAUCGUUAUUAGACCGUCUCUAGGAACAUUUCUUCAGUAUAAAGUUGGAGAUGAUUUGCAUAUUGGAAUUUCUGGUGCACACUCUAUGGUUCAUUCUUACUGGCUGAGUGGUAUAUGUUCAGAUAACACCACAUGGGAUAACUCAGUUAUCGUCUGUCGAUUCGAUAUGGAGACGCAUGAGUUCGUUUCCUCUAUUUCUACAUGCUUCUAUAACGACUCGGAGUGGAACUGUUUCGAUUUUGUCAUGGAGUUUUUGCGAUUCAUCAACUUUCGAAACUAUACGAAAACGGAUUUCGUUGUUGAGUUUAUGCAUAAUACCCUAAGCACGGUCGUUAAAUAUAGUAGACUGGAUAAUGUGCUGAGGAAAAUGGCAGAGGCUUUAGAGGAUAUAUCUAGUGCGGAUGCAGACCGCGCCAUUGACAGACAAAACUUCAAUUGCUCACAAGCAUUAGUGCUUUCCAGUUUGAAGUAUUUACUCAUGAAUAUCGUGAACGAAAGGAAAUUCCGAACUGUGGAGACCACGGCGGGAAAGAGAGCUCUUGUUGCAGUCUUUCAUCAAGCAAUAACGAAAAAAAACGAAUAA